AGUUCGUCAACCAACAUGGAGUUUCGCUUUUGGCCCAUUUCCCAGUUGGAAAAGCUGAACGCUUCGAUGCUCUUGGUGGUUCUUGUCAUGCUUCUUUUGAUUAUUGACUUUGUGAGGAAGAGGCGUCCCAGGAAUUUCCCUCCAGGGCCACAGCUAUUUCCUCUUGUGGGAACCAUCGUGGAUUUAAGGCAACCUCUCCAUCUUGAGAUGCAGAAGCUUACUGCAAGGUAUGGGAACAUCUUCAGCGUGCAGUUCGGAGGUCUGACUUUUGUGGUAGUCAGUGGGUACCAAAUGGUGAGAGAAGCUCUUGUCCACCAGGCUGAAAUAUUUGCAGAUCGGCCGCAUAUUCCACUUCUCCAAGAAAUUUUUAGAGGCUUUGGUCUCAUAUCCUCAAAUGGGCACAUAUGGAGGCAACAGAGAAAGUUUGUCUUAGCGACGCUGAAAAACACUGUGGUCAGUUUUGAGUCAAAAGUGCAAGAAGAGAGCCAGUACCUCGUGGAGGCAAUGGAGGAAGAGAAGGGGCAACCAUUUGACCCUCAUUACAAAAUUAAUAGUGCUGUUUCAAAUAUUAUCUGUUCCAUAACUUUUGGGAACCGCUUCGACUACCAUGACAGCAACUUCCAGGAAUUACUGCACUUGCUCGCAGAAACACUGCUGCUGAUAGGAAGCUUCUGGGGCCAGCUGUAUAAUGCUUUCCCUCUGAUAAUGAGAUGGCUACCAGGGCCCUUCAGGAAAAUCUUCAGGCACUGGCAGAAACUUCAGCGUUUUGUGAGGGGAGUGAUUGCAAAACACAAGGAGAACUUGGACCAGUCUGACUUGGGAGAUUACAUUGACUGUUACUUAAAGGAAAUAGAAAAGUUUAAGGAUGACACCAACUCCUAUUUCCAUGAGGAAAAUCUGCUCUGCUCCACACUGGACCUCUUCUUGACUGGGACAGAGACAACAGCAACCGCCAUCCGCUGGGCUCUGCUCUACAUGGCUGUGUAUCCCCACAUUCAGGAGAAAGUGCAGCUUGAAAUUGAUGCUGUGAUUGGCCAGUGCCGCCGGCCCACCAUGGAGGACAAGGAGCACAUGCCCUACACCAGUGCAGUGCUGAGCGAGGUGCUGCGAAUGGGCAACAUCGUGCCAUUGGGAGUGCCCAGGAUGUCCACCAAUGACACCACCUUGGCUGGCUUCCACGUGCCCAAGGGUACCACGCUGCUGACCAGCCUGACUUCAAUAAUGUUUGACAAAAACGUGUGGGAGACUCCAGACACCUUUAAUCCUGAACACUUCCUGGAGAACGGCCAGUACAGGAGGCGGGAGGCUUUCCUGCCCUUCUCUGCAGGCAAGCGUGCCUGUCCUGGUGAGCAGCUGGCCAGGACUGAGCUCUUCAUCUUCUUCACUUCCCUGCUGCAGAAAUUCACCUUCCAGGCUCCGUCUGCCACUGUGCUGAGCUUUGCCUUCACAAUCAGCCUCACGCGCUGCCCCAAGCCCUUCCAACUCUGCGCCCUGCCUCGCUGCUGAGGGCAAGAUGGAAAGCAUUCCCUUCUCAGCUGUCCCAUUAGGUUGCAGGCUGCAGUGCUGGGACUCCUCACAGCUGGCAGCCCUGUGUGGUGUGUGGACAGUGGGGAGGGCAGGAGGGCUGCAUUCUGCACGCCUCAGUGAGGACAAGCACUAGGACACACAUAUCCCCUUGUGCUCCUACUCCUUUCCCUGAUCAGUUUGAUAAAAUACAUGAAUUCAAAAGCCUUAUUGGUUCAUUUUCUCCCUCAGCAACACCAAGGAAGUGGCUGUCAGUUGUAAGCCAUGGGCACUUGUGCUUGCUGUGUCUCUUCUAUAGUGGGCACGUUCAUCACUCAGAGACCUUGCAAUCACUAAAACUCAAUGCUGCUGUACAGUGAAUGGCCAUGGGCUGUGUGUUUGGGGGCCUUCCUGCUCACUAGGGGUGGCUGUCUGCACAUAUGAGUCCUAGGCUCAUGCCCAUUGCUUUAAUGGACAGCUAGCUGCCAGCGCAGAUCCUGACCUCAGGGUUGGUGCAGCGUGUGUUCCCCACAAAGCACUGUUUCUGCUUUGCAAUGGAAAGUCAACACCUAGAUAUAAUACAUUGCAGAGGAAGCAUAAACAUCGUUUCUUUUUUUUCCCCCUUCCAUAUGUAUAUAGGAAUUUAAAUAAGAUGGUAGAAGCAUCUUAUGGGCUGGCCCAUGGGUGUCCAAAC